UUUCUAAUUUUGUUUUUCAAAUAAUAGGUAUUGUUUUGAUAAAAAUAUUAUCUGCUAGGAGAUUAUACCCAUAUGGUGAUAGUUAGUAACACCUAUAAGAAAGAAUGUCUGAGAAGACAGUUGCAUGUAUUGCAAAUACAGUAAGGUACAAAAAAAUUGAUGGUACACUUAGUCUUUUGUCAAACAAAAUUACAUGGAGUGCAACAAAUGGUGUUGGUAAAAACUUCCAAUGCUUGUAUUCAGAGAUAAAAAUGCAAAGAAUAAGUCCUGAAUCAAGUUCAAAAGUACAGCUUCAAAUUGUACUUCAUACAGAAUCUUCAUACAAUUUUCAAUUUGUGAAUCCAAAAGGCAGAGCAGCACAAUUAAAGAAUCGAAAUGAAAUAAAAGAUCUUUUAGCAGAGCUAAUUCCUGCUCAUCGAGAAAAAGCAAAUAAAGAUCUUGAAGAGAAAAAUAAGUUGCUCAAAGAAAAUAGUGACUUGUACCAGUUGUAUAAAGACUUAGUUGUAACAGGGAUUAUAACUGCUGAAGAAUUUUGGGAAAAUCAGAAAUCAGUCAACACAAUGGCAUGUUCUUCUGCUUCCUCUGAAAAACAAAAGGUUGGCAUAGCAUCAGGUUUACUGGCAGAACUAAAACCUGAUAUGCAUGGUUGCAAUGAGUUAAGGUUCAAUUUGACUGCAGACAGCAUUGAUGCCAUAUUCAAAAUGUAUCCAGCAGUUAAAAAGAAGUAUGUUGCCUCUGUACCUGACGAAAUGAGUGAAAAAGAGUUUUGGACAGAAUUUUUUCAAUCUCAGCACUUUCAUCGAGACCGAAUACCCAAAAAUAACCAAUCAAAUAAAGACACUUUUGGAGAAUUAGCAAAGAAAGAUGAACAAGAAUCUUUUAAGAAGUUUGUUACAGACUUUUAUGACCCUUUAAUUGAUUUCUCUUCUACAUGUCCAAUUACAGAGGAGGGGUAUGGGACUAGCGAAGUUAAAAGACAUUCAUCACACGAUACUCUAAUUAAGCAUUUCAAUCAUCAAAGUUUUAUGAUACUUCAAGAAGGUAACAAUAGGGUGUUAACAGAAAAAAAUGCUGACACUGAUAGAAAAAGAAAACGAAUUCGUGAAGCUGUUGAACUGGAUGAGUUAGAGAAUCACUCCCAAGAGUUUGUUUCAACAUUAAAAAUUGUAGAUACAGAUAAAUUUUUUCACGGUCAAGAAGCAGUUUAUGAGAAUGGAAACAAACCUUGCUCUAAGAUGUUUAUACAAAGUAUAUUGACAUGGAAACCUGAUCUUGGAAAUGUACUUUCUGCAAAACCUGCUCUAUCUGCUAUGACUAAUGUUUCUCCGGGUGGAAAGUAUAUGCUGAUAUCUGCUCAAAACAGUACUUUUGUUGAUAAUAUCUCCUUGCAAUUAUACCAAGAGACGCGUAAACAUUAUCUUUCCUUAGCUGAGUUGUUAAGGCAUUUCUGGUCUUGUUUUCCCAUAAAAACGGCACAGUUAGAGGAAAAGGUUCAACGAAUGGCUUCUAGUUUGGAGAAAUUCAGACAGACAAAAUUAUUAAACUUUUCAACUACACUGUCACCGCAAAAUACACAACUAAUUGAUCAUAUGAAUGACAUGAUAUCAACUGCUUUGAAAAAGUUCAUUACUUGGGAAGAAAAACGCACUUCGACAAAAAUUAGCAGAACGUAGAAGUUGGUACAAAAUAUUACACUAAUUAUUACGUCAUAGCAUCUCAGAACACUAUGUCUAUGUGCAUAUAUAUAUAUAUAUAUAUAUAUAUAUAUAUAUAUAUAUAUAUAUAUAUAUAUAUAUAUAUAUAUAUAUAUAUCUGUGUGUAUAAAUUAUCUUAAAAUUAAUACCUUUUGAAAUAAAUGUAAAAACAAAUAUUUCAAAACGUACUAAUGAAAAAUAUAAUGAAACGGUAAUAUUUCACUAUCAUGAAGUAUGUUUGCAAGUGUUUGAGUGUAUUAUCCACAGAGAGAAGUUUU